AUGUUUGUCAAAAAAUCAUCCCACGGCCGCUCCGAGAGUUUCACCAGCAAGUAUCGAGCCGGCAAGUCGACAUCCACAUCAACUUCGCGGAGCAUAAAACGAUCAUUUCGAGACCAUGCUGGAGGCAGUCACUCCGUAUCAGAAAGUAGACAUGGGAAAUACACUUCACAUACUUCUCCACUAGCUGAACAAAACCUCACCUCGGCCGUAGUCACAAUCUGCGUCGGCAAAGACCAGCGCCUCUUCGCCGCCCACGAAGACGUUUUAUCGCUCUCACCGGUCUUCGCUGACUGUUGCCGUGAACAGUUCCUGCAAGCUCAUAACAAGCAAAUCAGUCUACCCGAUGAGCAACCCGAGAUCCUAUCUUCGAUACUCGAAUAUCUGUACAAAGGGGACUACUAUCCUCGCCUCAUACAUAACAAACGUCGCGAUACCUGGUCGUUGGAAGAUGAUGUGAUGGACGUUGAUGGCGAUGACUCAAAAGAUGCUGCAUAUCUUCAUCAGGCGGAUGGAAGCAUGAUUUUGAAAGAUACCGCCAUGUACUGCGCCGGCGAACGCUACAAACUCCCCGAACUAAAACGUCUCGCGCUCCGCAAACAAGGCCUUCAAGCAGGCAUACACUGCAGCACAAUCCUGACCAGCGCCCGAUAUGCCUACGCAAAUACUCCAGAAAACGACAGCCAGCUACGUGCCCACUACCUUGCUCUAAUCAUCAGGAGCAGAUCAACGUUUAAGAGGAGUGGGACUAUGCAGAUGGAGAUGGAGAAAGGCGGGAAGGUGUUUUUCGAUUUAUUUGUGGCUAUGUGUAAUCAUAUGGACGAUAUUUCGACCGCCUCUCCGGCUUUGAGUAGGAGAACUUAG